GCGCCGCUCGGCUUCCGACCGCGCCCCGCCGGCUCCUGCCGGCCCUCGCCGUGCGCCGGGCCCCGGAAGAGCCACAGGCAGCUCCUGCUGCCCUCGCCUCAGGCCCGGGGCACUCCCGGCGGGUCUGGUUUGCGUUGCCGUGUCUCUCCGUUCCUCCCCACUCGGUCACACCGGGCAGGGAAUGAGGUGUGUCUGGGCCCCCUCACCUGGGGGGAGUCCUAGGAGAGAGCUGGGCGCUUCCCCCACUCCGGCCUGGCUCCAGCGCCGCCAUCCUGGGCGGCUCUCAGCUCUCCUUCCCCAGCCCUGCCCGUGCUUCGAGGCUGUGCCGCAUUCCCUGGCUCCUGGAGAUCAUCUGUUCCAGGCCACUCAGCCUCAAAGCUCAAGGGUUUGUGUAGCUGUAAUGGCUGGUUUGGUGAGCUGUGAGCCCACCGCAGCUGUUGGAGACAGUUUAUAGGACUAAGCAUCAGCCUUGAAAAAAGAUCUAUCACUGCCAGAGGAGAAGGUCUUUAUAAUGCCCAAAGGCUUUGAAAAAUUACUCACUCCUCACGAUGGGCUGAAUGAACUCAAUGAUGGGAUGAAUGAACUCACUGGUGUACUGCACUUCAUCGUGCUCCACUAUUGCCCAUGAUAAAACACUUGCAUCAGCAGGAAGUUUAAAGUAAAAAUGUGAUAAGUUGGAUAUCUGACAUUAUUGUGGUGGUCUCUCCUGAAAAUAUUGAAACAAUGAAGACUAUAAUUGAAAAAUAUGGCCACAAAAGAGUUACAGUAGUAGAAGGUGGAAUAACUCGUCACCGGUCAAUAUUCAAUGGACUGAAAGUAUUUGCAGACAACAAAUUUUCCAGCCAUUURCUCCAGAAGCCAGAAGUAGUGAUUAUCCAUGAUGCUGUAAGGCCUUUUGUUGAAGAAGAUAUUGUUUCAAAAGUGGUUAUGGCUGCUAAAGAACAUGGGGCAGCGGGAGCAAUCCGUCCUUUAGUUUCUACUGUUAUUGCCUCAGCUGCARAUGGCUGCUUAGACCACUCACUGGAACGUGCCAGGUACAGAGCGAGUGAAAUGCCUCAGGCUUUCUUAUUUGAUACAAUCUACGAAGCAUACCAACAGUGUACAGACUAUGACCUGGAUUAUGGAACUGAGUGUUUGCAUCUGGCUCUGAAAUACUGUAAGACAAAUGCCAAACUUGUUGAAGGAACAGCUGACCUAUGGAAGGUGACCUACAAGCGGGAUCUGUAUGCAGCUGAAUCGAUUAUUAAGGACAACUUAUCACAACAAGUUUGUAUUAUCACCAAUGUGAAGGAAACUCAUGCACAAGUAGGUUUUCUCCUUCCUGAGUCUCUGAAAAACCAAAUAAAAGUUGAAGUUAUUUCAAUACCUCUAGGCAAAACUGAUAGCCAUCUGCAAAACAUCAUUCCAGCACAGUGCUACAAUUUUGUUUGUGUAAAUGAUAAAAGGUGUGCCAUUCAGGAAACCCAGGAACUAGUGGAUGUAUUGGAAAAGUCAAAUAUUCCUCUCUUAUAUCCAGUUGYCCUUAUUUCGGUGCACUUGGAUAUUUCAGAAAGUAGUUCUUUCAGCAUUGGGGUGGAAGACUUAACCUCAAUCAAGAAAUUUGCAAGAGAAACUAAAAAGAAAAACAUUUUGGUUUAUGGUCUCCUUAUCCAGUGUAAGGACCCKUUGCUGCUUCAGGAGACAGUAAAUUCUGCUGCUGCUCUUAUCAUGGCAUUAAUAAAGGACAGAAACCCGGAGCUGAUUGGCCAGCUUUUGGUAGCAUAAGACCAUAAAUCAUGUAUAGCUUUUGGAAAUGUUAGUUUUUCAUCUUCUGUUCACCAAAGGUCUUAAGCCAUUUUAUUUUUUGAUGAAGACUCUGUAUUUAUGCCAUUUAUUAUUAAGAUCCUUUAACAGCAUAUUUUUGAUAUUUAAAAUACAAAUCUAAUAUUAUGUAUAAAGUGUAAAAGGAAAUACAAAUAAUUCUGAAAUACACUGGGUAUAUUUGUGAGGAAUUAUACUGGAAUGUUUUUUAAAGUAUGAUAAUUUUAAAAGGUGCACAGAGGACUCCAAAGCAUUCAUGCAGAAUUUUAACCAUGUGUGUGUGUUGUACUCUAGGACUGCAUGACUUAAAUUUUAUUUCAGAUAAAUUAAUCCUAAAGCACAGCUCMUCUACUUUAUGUGAAAUUAUUUAAAAAUUGCUGCUGUAAUACUCAUUAGUGAAUAUAGAGUUCAUUACAKAUUGUAGCUUUCCUGACAUCAAGAGAAAUGCAUAUUGCAGGAAAUGUUGGAAAGGUCAGGGACCUGUUCUCCAUGGAAUGAAAAUAAUCUCAAAUCAAAGGAAAUAUUUGCAUAGGUACAAGGUGCUAACCCCCAGUUCUGCAGAUGCAGUAUGCUCUGGCUGUAGCCUCCUUGGUGCUACAUUUCUUCCAGUGCCUGUGUGCCAUCAUUCAGAAUUAGUUCCUGCAGUUCCACUGAAAUUGGAAGAGUCUGUUAAUUCAUGUAUGAGAAUCCAGUUCUCAUUUCUUGCUGCUUAGCAGRUGUAUGUAGUCAAUAGUGGCAAGGAGACCAAGCAUUAUGAAUUCAAAGAUACACUACACUGAUAGUCAGGCGUGGACAAUUGGGCCAGGAAGGUGAAAUGGUGAAUGAUUAUUAUGUGGAGUAUCUCCAGGUAUCACAGCCACUAAGAGGAACACAAGCAGAGUCCCUGCAAACAUGUCUUGCCYUAUGCAUCAGACGCAGAAAUUGCAUCUGUUCUGCAAUUUGUGAAGGGGCUAAGUUAAUGUCUUACAUACCUGCUAUGGCUGGAAUAAGGUCUUGGAGAAGUGUGCCGACCAGAAGUGUCAGUGAGUCCAGUGGGUCUGUCAGUUCAGCAAGUUUCCYUCUAAAAAUAGUGUUCCUCCCCUUACUCCCAUCAUGUUCCUCUCCCUCUGGUGCUCA